AUGAAGCCGGAGUCGUGGCAGGCCCUUCUCCACGUGGCAGUGGCUGGCUGCCUCUGUGUGGCCACUGUCUUCGCCGGCGUUUUUGAGGGCGUCUUCAUCCAGGUAGGCUAUGAGCAUUAUGCAGAGGCCCCUGUGGCCAGCCUCCCUGCCUUCCUGGCCAUGCCGUUCAACUCACUAAUCAACUUAGCCUACAUAUUCCUGGGAUGGUACUGGCUCCAGAGAGACGGGGACACACUGGGCCACUCGACAGAGGCAGCGAGGGCCCGUUACCUAAAGAAUAUCUUUGCUGCCAUGGCCCUCCUCUAUGGCCCUGUCCAGUGGCUGAGGAUUGGGACACAAGCACGCCUUGCCGCAGUGCUCGACCAGUGGUUCACCUUGCCCAUCUUUGCGUGGCCUGUGGCCUGGUGCCUCUACCUGGACAAGGGCUGGCGACCCUGCAUCUUCCUCUCCAUUGAGUGCCUCUCUCUGGCGAGCUAUGGUCUGGCCCUGCUGCACUCGCGUGGCUUUGAGUUUGCCCUGGGCCUACAUGUCCUGACUGCUGUGGGCCAAGCCCUGCGGGCCCAGGCUCGAACUGGUGGCACCACCUCAGGCACAUACUUAGCCCUGGGGGUGCUCUCCUGCCUGGGCUUUGUGACCCUCAAGCUGUGGGACCACCAUCUUGCACAGUGGCCAGCCUUCCAGCACCUGACAGGCCACUUCUGGUCCAAAGUCUGUGACGUCCUGCAGUUCCACUUUGCAUUCUUGUUCCUGAUGAAUGUAAACACAUCACAAAGAGUCCUCCCUGACAAGAAGCUUUAA